ACCACGUAGCAGUAGAUUCUUAAUUUGUUUUCUACCAUGAAGCCUCUUUUUCCUACCUCCUUUUUGUUCUUCCUUGUAAUCUUGAUAGCUCCGUGUCUCAUCCUCUCACACGAACCAACUUCCACUGAUCACCUCAAAAACUAUAUCCAACUUGACCUCCCAGUGGUAGUUGGCCCUGAAAGCUUUGGCUUUGAUUGCCAUGGAAAAGGACCCUACAUCGGGGUCUCAGAUGGUAGAAUCCUCAAGUGGCAAGGAGCGCAGUUGGGUUGGAAAGAGUUUGCCAUCACCUCACCAAAGAGGAAUAGGAAGCUAUGUGAUGGGUCAACCAACCCGGAUCUCGAGCCAAAGUGUGGGAGACCCCUAGGCCUUAAAUUCAACACCGCAACUUGUGAUCUUUAUAUUGCAGAUGCCUACUUUGGGCUCCUAAUGGUAGGAUCCUCUGGCGGCGUCGCCAAACAUCUUGCCACUUCUGCUCAAGGAGUCCCCUUCAGAUUCACAAAUGCUUUGGACAUCGACAACAACACUGGAGAGGUUUAUUUUACAGACAGCAGCAUUUUAUUUCAAAGAAGGGAAUGGUUACAGGUAAUCCUAAAAGGUGACGCAACAGGCAGGCUGAUGAAGUACAACCCACGUACCAAGGAAGUGAGCGUCUUGCUAAAAGGCUUAGCAUUCCCAAAUGGCGUGGCUCUGAGCGACGACAACUCCUUCCUCGUGGUAGCAGAGAGCGGAAACUUCCAAAUUCUAAAGUUUUGGCUUCGAGGUUCCAGGAGCCGUACAACAGAAGUUUUUUCUCCAUUGGAUAGAUCCCCAGACAACAUUAAGAAGAACAGCAAGGGAGAAUUUUGGGUGGCAUUAAAUAGCGGAAGAGAGAUCCAAAAUGUUGGAGCUCUGCAUGAAACUGAAAGUGCAAUCGCAGAGGGAUGGGGGACAAAAGAUAUCGCGGCAGCAAAAUAUGAUGCAGAGGGAAAAGUUAUAGGCGUGUUGGAUGGAAAGGGUGGGAAUUCACUUGACUCUGUCAGUGAAGUUGAAGAGCAUAAUGGGUAUUUGUGGAUUGGGUCUGCGGUGAAGCCUUAUGUUGGUGUUAUGAGAGUAUGAAUAUAUAUAUAUAUAUAUGGAUAAUUUACAUUAUUACUCUUGUUGGAUUGUUGAUAGGAUUGCAAAAUAUCAACAUUUUUACUAAUAUUAUGAUUGCAUAUUGUUGUAAUCUCCUUAUUUUAUAUAAUAAUUAUUU